UCAAAUCAUGCCAAAACUGUUCCGAAACAAAGGUCAAUACUCCUUUACCUCAAAGUACAAAGGAGAUGGCAAUGUGCAAUAUGAUGUUGUCAGCACGGAAAAAUACAACCUCUCUAGCCCCUCACCAGGAGAUGUUGAUGAGGACUCAAAGGAUAAUACUGUGCACCUUAAUGACAAUACUAGCCCAUCCAGAUGGCUAUCCAAAAACGUCUUCGACUCAAGUAUGAAUGAAAAUGAUUGUACUUUCCAGCCAAGCUUGGGUAAAAACUUCACAGAGAAAUCUCUUCAUCGUGAAACUAGUGGGAUUGACGUCUCUCAGACCCAGAAGUUCCCUAUGAGUCAAGUGGUAAGCAGCAAAAGCCCUCGCAGAGUAGCUCCAACGGAUAAGAAGCUUUCCAAUAGAUUUUUGAAAAAGUGUAUGGCAACUACCUUUAAAUCUUACAACAAGAGAGUGUGUAAGAACCGCACUAAGAAAAGGACUAACCGGGUUAAAUACCGCAAUGAUCAGGAAUUCGCGCAUAGUCAAAUCCAAUCAAAUAAAAGACUUGACAUUGGCAAUCUUAGAGAAGGUUCUACACCAAAACUAGACCUAAGCGAGAGGUUAACUCUUUCAAAAUCCUCUAAAUUCCUGAACAAACAGUCUAUUUCCAAGGCUGAGUGCUCCACAGCAUACUCCAAGAGCAGGCAAAGGGAGGGUCGCAAAAAUAUGAACCAAUUAAAAAUUAAAGCAAGAAAAACUCUGAGAACUAUGAACAGUUGUGAAAAGGUUGCUCCAUCUUUGGCUAUGUCUGACAUUCCUGAUGAAGUAGCUAGUAAUUCAAACAAGACUUUCAUGGAUGAUUACUACGCCUCAAACGGAUACUUUUCAUACUCAAAUAAUUUGAAGGAAGUAAGAGAGAAGGACAACUACCAGGACAGGCUCCAGACUUUUAUUGACGAGAAGCUCCUUGAAGUAGCUAGCCAAAUCUCUGUUAAAAAGGAACUAGAGCAGGAGAAAUCAAAUAAUAUUGAUAAGCUCCAUGACCUCAGAGAUAAUAUAAACUAUCUUCACAGUGAAGGCAACCACAUCCUCAGUGCAAAAACUCGAGAAGAGGCAGCUCUUACUGCUAAGGCCAAAGAAGUAGAGUCACUCCAAAAGCAGCUAGAUCAAGUGAGGAACUCUUACGCUAGGGUUCAAAAAGCAUGGAAAAUGGAGUCUAAAUUUCUCUAUAAGCACCUCCAAGAUUCUACAGACUCCUACAACAAAGCUGAAAAUGAUUACCAAGUCAACAGGCAAGAUAUUAGAAUGGAAAUGCACGAUGAUAAAAAUCUCAUUCAUCAGCUCCAAACUAGCAUUGAAGAAGGAGAUAAUAUCUUCGCUUCACUGAAAGAUAAAGCUAAAUACAGCAAGACUCUUGAAAGAGAAAGAAACAUGAUGAUGACCGAUCGAGCUCUCUUAUUGAAAGAUCUAUGCACUCAUGAAAAACUAAAGUAUAAAAAGAAUCUCAAGACCUUACCUGCAUUUAUUGAAGUACCUCAUGAUAAAGGGAAACCUCUCCAGUCUGUAACGAGCAGAAUUAGACAUAAGCUGUUCAGUCAUGCUGGAAAAAUGCGCAAAAAGAGUCCAGAUCUAUACACCAAAAGACACAGCCAUGUCAAACAACAAAUGCGACUAUCCGCUGAAAAGAAGAACCGUCUUAGCUCUAUGACUAGGCCAAGCAUCGGAAGAUCUGCCAAAAAGCCUAACAGGUCCUUCCUCAACAAUACAACUAAAAUAUAAAACAUCAACAUCACAAAUUGAAAAU